GACAAAACUAAGAUCACGCUGUCGCCGCCCAAGUACGUGUAAAUAGCUUGUAGCUAGGUACUCAACAGUGACAGGGAAAAGGAACUGUUUAAGAUGGCUUCUCUCAGCGAAAUGGUUGUAACAGCUCAAAAAAUGUAUGAUGACAUCAUGCAGAAAGGAGACCCCAGGGUAGCAAACUGGGCAAUGAUGUCAGCCCCAUGGUCAAGUCUUUUCCUAUGUAUAUUUUAUGUUGUACUCGUCAAGCUAGGACCAUGGUAUAUGAAGGACAAAAAGCCAUUUGAACUGAGAAAUGUUUUAGUUAUAUAUAAUCUGGCCAUGGUAGCAUUGUCAACAUAUACUUUUACUGAGUUUUUAUUAUCUGGAUGGUUAGCAGGGUAUAGUUUGGGUUGUCAACCAGUAGACUAUUCUAAUUCACCUCAAGCUCUAAGGAUGGCCAGUGUGUGCUGGUGGUUUUACAUCUCUAAGUUCAUUGAACUUUUUGAUACGUUAUUCUUUCUCUUACGUAAGAAGGACAAUCAAGUGACGUUCUUGCAUGUUUUUCAUCAUGGAAUUAUGCCAGUUUCCUGGUGGUUUGGAGUAAAAUUUGUACCAGGUGGUUUUGGCACCUUCCAUGCCACAUUUAAUUCCUUUAUUCACAUGGUAAUGUACUUUUACUAUGGACUGUCUGCCAUGGGACCUGCCUUUCACAAAUAUCUCUGGUGGAAAAAAUACAUGACCAAGUUGCAGAUAACACAGUUUGUUGUCGUCACCAUCCACUCCUUCCAAUUGUGCUUCAUUGACUGUGACUACCCAAUGCUGUUCACUUACUGGAUAGCAGCUUAUGCUGUCAUCUUUCUGUGUCUUUUCUCAAAUUUCUACAUCCAAGCUUAUAGACAUGGCAAGCGCCACCCUCCUAGUGUUGCCAACAGAUCAGAACAGAAUGGGGUUUCCCACAGCACCAGGAAGAGCAAUGGAAAGGACAACUGAGAUCAUGUUUAUCUUGUAAUUGUUAGGUGUUAUUUUUGUAAGGACACCAGUGUGUGUUUUUGUUGGUCACAAUUGUCAAACAUAUACAUGUUUUGCUUAAAUUGGAUGUUUACUGUUAACUUGCAGAUAUAUUGUUUUUAACUGAUGCAUACUCUGUUGUCUCUCCCAUCAUGACAAACCUGUAAAUUGUUGUUAAAGAUAGACACUUGAAAAUUAAACUGUGAAGGCUUUUGAUGUGGAAAAGCUUCUGGUUAGGAUGAAUUUUAUUGUACCAAUUUUAUCAUUGCUCACAAAUUGAAUUGUAAUUAUUGACUUAUACAUGUACAGGUAUAUCAUACAUAUAUAUGUAGACUAGCUGAAAUUGUUGCAAGUGAUUAAUGAUGAUUAUUGUAGAAUGAAGGGGUGUUUAAUAACUUUGUUGUUGAAUAUA